AUAUAUAUGAAUAAUAUAGUUAUUAUAUUCUAUUUAUUAAAUAAAUAUAUUAACAAUCUUGAACAAGUCUUUAUUAAGUUAAAUAACUUAAAUAUUAAAGUUAUUUUUAAGAAAGCUUACAUUACUUUUCCUUUUAUCUAUCUGUUCAGUUCAUAUAUUAAUAAAUUAUAUUUAUAUCUAUCUGAAGACAAACUCUACACUAUAUAA